AACUGGUAUCAACCAACAUCAACUCAGCUCACCAUUACGAACGCGCGCAAACCUCAUCAGCCAUCGCAACUGACCCAGACACCUUCUGGCUCAGUUCUCAGAUUCUCUCCAGUAAUCUUCCGCACGUUUUAUGCAACCAGAGCCAUCCGCAAUCUUCCCAGCAACAGAUCUAGCCGAGUCACAGCAACCCCACUCCCUCGACUCCCAACAUGGCUACCACGACCACUCAGACAGCGCCACCGGGCCAGCAGCAUCAGACGCUGAUGCGGCGGCCAAUGCUGUCGUCUCGCAUCCCGUCGAGCGCGCCGCGUCGGACGCGACGACGGAGCCCUCGCUACCUGCCCUCAUUGGAAGGCGAACGAGUCCACAACGCCGAUUGAAAUCGCCUGAUUCACCGUCGCCACCUGCAUACAAUCGCAUUAUCGAGUACGAGAAUGCCUUGAGUCCAUCGCCGAAGCGCAAGCAAGGGCCGGUGUUUGAAGUGAUCAAAAAGCCGGGCAAUCCAGGUGACAAACGCUCUCUGAUACUGGAACUACCGAAUGAGGUUUUGGUACAAUCUCUUGCUCAGCUCUCGCCAACAGAUCUGGCAUCUAUCUCUCUCGUCUCUAAACGCUUUCAUGCUCUUGUCAAUGGCCCUCAUGCAUGGCGGAGCGCCUUCGCCCACUUUUUCCCUGGGUCACAGUCCCUCGAGACAGACGCAGAUGACUCCGACGAUGAUGAUUCGGGUAUCAUACGAGUUGCCAAAAGAUCAUUCACCCGCUUGACUGCGCUUGCUUCGUGGCGUAGCGAGUACAUCAUACGUACGAGGCUCUUGCGCUCUUUGGCUCGUGGCAAGCCCGCGCAGAGUGCAAGCUCCUCCAAUGCUCCGCGUGGUAGCACUGCAUUGCCCGUGGUGAUGUACAAGUCGCAGCUUUUGACAACUGUCAAUCACCUUCACGCAACGUACAGCGGUGGCACCAACAGCCAGCGGUUUCCUCGUUUCAUACACGGAGCCGAUGAUGUCGGAGCCGCCACUUCAAGCGAUCCCACCGCACUCAAGGUAGACAAUUGGGGUCUCUCUGAUCCUCAAUUCUUUCUGCAAUUCGCAGAAAGAUUUCCCGGAGAUGCGCAAUACGGGCUAGGACCUGCUGAAGUUGUAGGUGUGCCGAACUCUAUGGACGUCAGUCGACCUUUCGGGAUGGUCUAUGGCGAAGGUUUCCCUGGAGGCUUGACGUAUUAUCGAUCGACAGAAGAAAUGCGAGGUCGCUAUCUGGCUGGUUCGACAGCUCUAUCGAUGCCAGCUCUUGGCAUUCCAAAGCUUGUUCCCGAUAAAGAAGCUGUGACAGCUGUCUGGAUAGCCAAGUGCAACUCCAUACCCUCUGUGAGCGACGGAAUGGUCGGCUUAUUGACAGGAUCAUCGUUAGGCGUGAUCACUUCAUACAGCCUCGGAGCGGUGGCCGGUAAGAACAACCACAGUCGCGAUCAUCGACUCGAUCGAGGCGAGGUGACCGCACGCUGGGUCUUAAGUCCGGGGGUCCCUCUUGUCGCCAUUGCUAUCGACGAAGAAUACAGCCCAGCACGAUACGCGCAGAACCGUAUAUGGGCAACGGCAGUCAAUGCACUGGGCGAGAUUUUCUAUUUGACAAAAUUCCCGAAGCGCGUCACGUCUGAAAGUGGCGCACGAACCGACCUGGAAGCAGCUGAGCGGAAUGCAUGGCUCGCCGGGCGAAGCGUUUAUUGGAAGCUGGUCGAAGCCAGCCGACGAAUUGCACGCCUCGAUCCUUACGCCGACAGUUCCUACGAUGGAAGUUAUUCUCCUCGCAGUUCAUGGAAUGGCAUGUGCUUGAGUCAAGAUCAGAUUCAGCACGAGACUAAGGAGAUCGAGAUGUUUGCCUCGCGUAAGCCACGAGAAUUUCAGAGAACUUGUUUGGAUUGGGACAUGCAGCGUAGAAUAUUGGUUGAUUUCGCUGGUGACGAUGGCAAUUUUGCGGGAGAAAACAUUGUUGUCAUACGAUGCAGCGAUGAUGAACCAUCUCAAAAUCCUGUCCGCCGCUACAGUCGCUGCAGAGUACGGGACGACGCUCCUGUGGAUUCUAUUUCAACACCUCCGUUGACUGUCGGGAGUACGGAGCCCACGAGUCCUCAGUCAAUUUUUGGAGCAGCGCCAUCUCCAGCGCUUUCGCCCACAGCCAACAUUACCUUCGAGGGAUUGAAUGACUCUCUCGCACGUGGAGGAUAUGACGGUUCCUCGACUCCACGACCAAUGGUGGAAGAAUGGCGCAGCACCACUUACUCUACGGGUGGUCUGAGAAUCGGGCAGAUUCUAUCAGCCGCAAUUGACUCAUCUCUUUACGCCACACAGACGGCUUCAGAGGAUCAGCUCUUGAAUUUCUCAGGCAAAUCGACCUCUUCGUCGCCUUCAAUGACUCCUCAAUCUCCGACAAGCGCCGCCUCAAACUCUGGAGAUGUCCCGGGUCAUCGGGCUCGUCUAUUUGCGAUUGGCACCAAGCUGGGAACUGUUUUGGUAUGGGACAUUCGUUCGCCUAUCCCUCAAACAGCUGGUUCCGCAAGCAUUGUUGAACCUGUCCGGAUUAUCAAUACAGACUCGCCGGAAAUAUCAUCACUCGCUCUGACAUCUCUUUACCUAGUGCAUGGUGGUAACGAUGGGCUGGUACAGACCUGGGAUCCUCUAGGAUCUACUCGAAGCCCUAUUCGGACACUCCAUUCACGAUUCUCUUCUCGUGCUCGGCGGGAUCUGGCACGAGCCAAUGCCUCUCCCCAGGGUGUAGGUAUCAAUCUUUAUGCUGCCGGUGCGAUCAGCCUGGACCCUGACCCAACGAUUCUGCGUGGAAUGGUGUCGCUUGGUAAUCAGCUCAGAUACUGGUCGUUCAGCUCUUCCGCUGCUGAUCAAUACAAGUCGAGCAAACGUCGUCUCCGCCACGGUCAGCGCGGUAGCAACGCUGCGGCAGACAAGUUCACUGGUGUCGUGCGAUCGAACCUGAAGGACUACAUUGCUCAUGAGAGGUCCGAGCUUGAUCGAGAGAAGCAGCAACGCAGACAAGAUUCACAGCGCUUCGCAGGGCGUUUCGGCACGGAACUACUCGACGGAAGCGAGGAAGAAAUGCUUGCUUACGCAGCGAUGCUGAGUCAAGAGUCACAUGAGCAAGAGGCAUUGCGUCGGAUGUCGGAUGCGAGCGCAACGGCUAGCACGGUCGGUAGCAGCGCUGCUCACGGUGCAUGGGAAUCAAGUGCUCCCAUGUCGGAGCAAAAUCCGUCACCGAGGUUUUCGGCUGCGGUCAAAUCCGAUGAUGAGCUCGAUGCCGAUAUUGCCGAAGCCAUUCGACAAAGCCUUGCCACGUCUCCCAGCGCGCGUUCCUUCGAUAUUCCCAUCAGACAAGCCAAGCAGAAAGGUCGCAAGUUAUCCUCGGCAAAGACAUCGCCGCGAACGUCGCCUAUGUUAUCUGGCGCCGCCAGCGCGACAGAGAUGAGCGAUCUUGACUUUGUGCUACAGCUUAGCCUGGCGGAAGAACAGUCCAAACGGGGUGCGCACACUGCGACUGACGGUUCAUCCUCCCCCCAGCCUCAGUCGAACCAGCACAACUGCUCCAGCAGCAAAACAUGGAUUCCAUAGGCAACUGGCGGUAGUUCCUGGUGACUUCGGAGGUCGCAAAGAUACUGUUGGAAGCAUUCGUUCGAUCUCUGUCUGGCAUGGCAUCGCGUUCAACACCGACGUCAUUGCACAUCAGAAUGUCCUGAAGACUUCUGCUGUGAAUAGUCCCAACGUUUAAUCAAUCAACGGUCUUAGGUUAGCAUGGUUACCCAGAGGCUACUGAUGUUUCUGAAGUCAUGGUAGUUCGUGAAUAUAAUCCGAGUGGGACGUU